AAAGGGGAUUGGAAGUCCAAAGGCUUGAUUUGAUGAAUGGGAAGAAGACCGUGUUAAGCUUCAAUCUCCUUUCUCUCUCCAAAAAUGUCGGCUUCCCCUCACAAAUUUAGCUGUUUACUUUACGCUUUCGAAGAUUAUUAACAUCGAAUCUUCAAAGAACAAGUUGACUGGGAGGACAGCACGUAACUCGAUUGCUUUCUUUCGAAGCAAUCGUUAAAAGGGUUUUCAAUUUCGUUUUCUGGUAAAACCUCGUUAUGGGGGUGUACUCGGUUUUCUGCUCCUUUACCUUGGUAUAGUGCAAUUUAUUAUUAGUAGGCUUCUUGAUCGUUUUUGUGUUGAAGCACGAAGCAGUCAAGACCUUUUUUGAGGGUUUUUGAACUUAUGGAUUUUCGCUCGUUCUUUUGUUGCACAACUCGCUCCGAUCGGAAAGAGAAAGAGAAGAAACAAUCAACAUGGAGGAUAUUCUCAUUAAAGGAAUUACAUGCUGCUACAAACAAUUUCAAUUAUGACAACAAGCUUGGUGAAGGUGGAUUUGGCAGUGUUUAUUGGGGUCAACUCUGGGAUGGAUCUCAAAUUGCAGUAAAAAGAUUAAAAGUUUUUAGCAACAAAGCAGAAAUGGAAUUUGCUGUUGAAGUUGAGAUUCUUGCACGUGUUAGACACAAGAACCUGUUAAGUUUACGUGGGUAUUGUGCAGAAGGACAAGAAAGGUUAAUAGUGUAUGAUUACAUGCCUAAUCUCAGUUUGCUUUCUCAUCUCCAUGGUCAACACUCUUCUGAAAGUCUUCUUGAUUGGUCAAGAAGAAUGACUAUUGCUAUUGGAUCUGCAGAAGGAAUUGUGUAUCUUCACAAUCAAGCAACACCACACAUAAUACACAGAGAUGUGAAAGCAAGCAAUGUGUUAUUAGACUCUGAAUUCAAAGCCCAAGUAGCUGAUUUUGGAUUUGCAAAGUUAAUCCCAGAUGGGGCGACCCAUGUAACCACACGGGUCAAAGGGACUCUCGGAUACUUAGCACCCGAAUAUGCGAUGUUAGGUAAAGCAUCAGAGAGUUGUGAUGUUUACAGUUUUGGGAUUCUUUUACUUGAGAUUGCAAGUGGGAAGAAACCAAUUGAGAAACUAAAUGCAACUACAAGAAGAUCUAUUACAGAAUGGGCUUUACCUUUGGUUUGUGAAGGAAAGUUUAGUGAGAUUGUGGACCCUAAGCUUAAAGGGGAGUAUGUAGAACAAGAGUUGAAAAGGGUUGUUGUUGUCGGGCUUAUUUGUGCACAUAAUCAGCCUGAAAAGAGACCUACAAUGAUUGAAGUUGUUGAGUUGUUGAAAGGGGAGAUGAAAGAGAAGUUUGUUGAAAUUGAGAAUGAUGAAAUGUUUAGAUGUGGUGAGGCGCGUGGUUGUAGUGAUGGGGCGUCGGUGGCGGAUGAUAGUUUGGAUUUUGUUUCUGAGGAGAAGGAAGGAGUACAAGAGAUUGAGAAGGUAGUGGCAUAGAUGUAAAAAAGAUUGUUUUUUUGGUUGAUUAUUGAUUAUGGUAUGUGCCUAUGUGGUGUGUUGUUGUUGUUGAAGAUUUGUGUGAUAUUGUGAUUGUAGGACUACAUUGUAUUUGUGAAAAUGAGGGGUUUUAAUGUGCGUUUGGUUUUUGUAAGAUUGCAUUUUAAGCCUAUUUAUUAUACAAUGGUUACUUGUUUAGUGGUUUAACAA